AUGGAUGCGAAUUUGGGUCCCAAAGCCAAGAAACAAAAAUGUAUAAAAUCCCUUCGGGAGAUAAAAAAAAAUUACAUGGUGACAUUCCUCGUGCUAAGAGGAAUCUAAUAAUUAUCCUUAGAAUAUGCAACAUUAGAUUUCCGGAAACAAUUCAACGUGGGUGAUCAGUUCCCAGUUAUGCCUCUUUGGAAAGUGACAAAUCAACCAUACUGUUGCUAACUGUCUUGGGAUAUUACAUACAACUUAAACCUUAUUCACACCUUGAAUAAGAAAAAAGAUGGCAUUUACAUUGUGGGGAUUGUUGGAGGCCUCUCUUCUUUUGGUCAAUGCUAUCUGUAUUUUACAUGAAGAGAGAUUUCUUGCAAAAGUUGGUUGGGGAGGAGAGCAAGUUCAGGCUUAUGGAAGUGGACCAAGUGUCAAAUCCCAAAUCUUAAAUCUCAUUCGCUCUGUGAGGACUGUUAUGAGGAUUCCAUUGAUAUUCAUCAACAUAGUUGUCAUCUUGAUGAAAUUGGUUUUUGGUUGAAAUUUCUAAGAAGUCCCUCUAAAUACAAAUUUUUGCACGAA